AUGAGAUUUACCAGAGGAAUAACAGCCUCCUCAUCUUUAAGGGCAAAAGCUAUUGGGAAAUUAACUAAACUUUCCACUGAUGCGUCAAUUGAUCAGAAAAACAAUGGCACAACAUUAGAUUUGAUAACUCGUACUCUGCCUAUUUUUUACUCUACAAAUACUUCAAAGAUAUAUACUAUACCACUCACACUGAGUGAAUGGGAAGUGCUAACUUCACUUUGUACAGCAAUCCCUACUUCACUCGAUCUGGUAGAAACGAUGCUUAAGGAAAUCAUCGCGCCUUACUUUCUGGAGACUCCAAGACAAAGGAUUUCAGACGUCCUGUCCUCAAGAUUCAAGCUGAAAAAAUUGAGAAAUCCCAUUGAACUGUUAACUUUCGAGCUGACCAAAUUUAUGAUUCAAGCUUGUGAACAACAUCCUGCUCUUUAUGAAACUAUAAGCGGCAUCAUAUCAAUUUACUUUGAGCACAUGUUAAAAGUCUUUACUGUUAAGCAGUCUGGACUCCUAUCACUAGUGGGCUUUAUUAAUGCGUUUAUCCGGUUUCCCAAUUCUUCUGAGCUCACUAAAUUCACUUGGAAAAAGUUAGCAAAACUUGUGCUUCAUGGUUCAUUUUUGAAUGAGGUCGACACAACUAUAAACUCCUCAGCAACGUUCGCUAAUGAUUCAAUUGUUCAGUACUAUGAUGCUGGAAACGAACUAUCAGGUGCUUACCUAUUAGAAUUAAUAUCUCGCUUGCAAGUUUCGCUAAUAUCUCACCUGUUACACACUUCGCAUGCUAAUGUCGAUUUGAGUGAGUUUUUGUUAAACCAGCAGUAUCAAUUCUACAAAUUUGACCAAGAAGCAACUGAUAUCAAUAAUGAUACAAAUUGUAUUGACGAGUUUUUUUUCAACGUAAGAAGCAAUAAACAUUUUUUUACAGACAUGUGUAAACUUUCCCUGCAGUUUUGCUCUGAGUCUCAUAUUCUCGACUUAUCAACAGAUAAUCGCGCAAGGUUCUCUUUUGAUACCCGGGCCUACUACUUACAAACACUGUGUUUGAUUCCGUUUAUCGAGGAUACAGAAAGCGAACUUUUUGAGAGCUUUACGAAAGUUAUUUCUGAAUCUAUUGAUAAUUUCUUUCUAUCUGAUGUUAUUACGUCAUCAUUGACAAAAGCGAUAGUAGCUUCUGCCUCCUUAUUAAACUUUUUUACAGAGAAAUUGUCUUUAACUUUGAUUCGUAUGUUUCCGCUGCUAGUGGCAUCUCCACACAUCACUACCAAAACAGUAAAAGAUGUUGCAAAAAUAUUCACCACAGGAUUAUACCCUCUUAAUGAGGAUGCAAUCGUAAGUACAAUUUAUUCCAUGAACAACUUAUUAGCUGUUUCUGAGGAUGGAUCUCCAGCUCCGGUGCUUCGUGAGCGUCAGUUAACAAUAACAUCAGGAAAAAACAUCGAAAAAGAUUACUUUCCCCCAAGAAAUUCAUCUGUAAGUUUGAAUGGUACUGGUGCGCUGCUCACAAACACAACUGUGGGGCAACUCUCCUCCCAUGAUGUUAAUAGUGGAACCACUAUGACAUAUCAUGCUUCUUUAAUUUCUAAUUGUGUGGCUGCAACGACAACAAUUGCCUCUUAUUACAAUACUCAAAGCAUAACAGCUUUAACCAUCUCUAUUCUUACGCAAAAAGUUAAUUCUAUGUCCAAGGAAUUCGAUAGUGUUAUUUUAGACUCUUUAGCAAGACUUGCCCCAAAUACUUCAUUGACAGAAUUUUCGCUUUUGCUGAAGUUCUUCAAAUCGAGAACUGUUUUCGCAGCCAAAAAUAAUGACAAUACCUUAUUGAGAAAUAUCAUCAAAGCAAAAUGUGUAAUAUCAAAAGAAUUGUUGGCCAAUCAUUUUUCAAGCGAUUUGUAUUUCAUGUAUCUUCACGAUUUAUUAGACUCCAUUAUUGCAAGUGGGGAAGUAGAACGAUUGGAACACCAUAGACCUCAAACGGAAAUUUCUCGUGUUGCAGAUCAAAUUGCUACAUAUCUGGAGCCUCUUGCCGCUCUAUUACCUGUUCCAGGUAGCACGCCCCUGGACAUCAACAAAGACGAAGUGACUACAAACAAGUUUAGGAACGCUUGGUUCAAUUUUGUCAUCCAUGGGUACCACCUUGGCGGGCCCAUUGUCAAAGAAAAUUUUUCUUUUUUAUUAACCAUAGCUUAUAAUUCACCACCACUAGCCUCCGAAUUUCCUACCAAUAACAAGGAGCUUUCGUUGGAAAUGAAUACUAUUUUGCGUCGUGGUUCGUCUAAUGAAAAUAUCAAACAACAAAAGCAACAAAUAACUGAAUAUUUCAACACGAAUAUUGUUCAGUACAGGACAACCUCAUCAUCCAAAAUCAUGUUUCUCGCGGCCGCUGCUCUUUUAGAAACAAUAAGAUGUGAGGCGGGUGAUUGUUCGAAAACUCUACUAUAUUUUUCUGAUCCUUCCAUUCUUUCCGGUUCAAUUGAAAAGUGUAUAGCAGUUUUAUCGGUUUCCAUGAUUAGAAAAUAUGCUAAGUUAAUCCAAAGGGGCAAUGAUGCCAUAUUUAACUCGAAAAUGAUUGCUCAGCAACUUAAUAACUUGCUGCUUUGUCUUUCUCAUAGGGAACCAACUUUGCAAGAUGCUGCCUUUAAUGCUUGCGAAAUAUUUAUCAGAUCUAUUCCAUCGUCGUUAUGUCACCAUUUGUCUCUCUAUACACUAUUAGAUAUGUUAACCGCCCUCUUUGACAGUAUCUUAGACUCGGAAGCACAUAAAUUUGAGCCACGGUAUGAAUUUAAACUGAAGCACUCUCAGACAACGAUAUUGGUUCCAAGUUCAUCAUCAUGGCGUACUGCAACGCUAUCGAGAUUGCACAAGUCAGCUAAAGAGUGGGUAAGAAUAGUAUUGAAUAGAAGCAACCAGGAUGCCAAGAUUCUAUUGCAAUCAUACAUAUCGGAUCUCGGCGAAUAUAGUAGGUUGAAUUCUGUUGAAUUUGGUGUCUCAUUUGCCAUGGACAUGGCUGGUUCAAUUUUGCCCGCAGAUAAGGAACUAUCAAGACUCACUUACUAUGGUCCAGAGAAACCAAAUACUAUAUCCGGAUUUAUAUCCUUACACUCAUGGAGGUCAAAGUAUCUUUUCGAUACUGCCAUAACAUCGUCACCAGAGGAUAUCAAAAGGCAGAUCUGUAUUUCCACUCAAAACAUAAGAAAAAAUUUAACCUUAGGGAACAAAAUUGUUACUAAAGAUGUCACCGAUUUUCUUGACAUGUCUACUGCCUUGUUGAUUCUUGGUAAUGGUGCCCCAGCCUCUUUGAUAUAUGACAUUGUGCAUCUCCCAUUUGAAGUUUUCACUUCCGCGUCCUUAAAAAUUGCUACAAAUGUAUGGUUAACAAUCAUUACCGAGAAGCCAGAAGUUGCACAUCUCCUUUUAGUCGAUGUAUGCUAUUGUUGGAUGCGCUCCAUUGAUGAUAAUAUUGGUCUUUAUUCUCGUGAUCAUGACUUAAAGGGCGAAGAAUAUCAAAAAAUGGAAUACUCCCCUUACGACAAGGCCGGUAUCAACAGAGAUGCAAAAAAUGCAUCUCAAGCUAUGCAGCCACAUCUUCAUGUCAUCAAGUUUUUUGCUUCGCAUUUUGAAGGAACCUUAUUUCAAAGUGACUCUUUAUUAAAAAUAUUCACGAAAUGUGUGCUAUAUGGUAUUAAAAAUAUGUAUAAGGCUUCACUACAUCCGUUUGCUAGAAUGAUUCGCCACGAAUUGUUGUUAUUCGCAACUCUUGUAUUAAAUGCAAGCUAUAAACAAGGAUCCAAGUAUACGGGCCGCUUGUCUCAAGAAAUUACGAAGGGCGCCCUAAGUUGGUUUAAAAGACCAGUCGCCUGGCCUUUCGGCUCAAAUGAGCUUAAAAUCAAAGCUGAUUUAUCUACUACUAGGGACCUUUUCCUUCAGCUCAAUAAAUUAAGCUCGCUAAUGGCACGUCAUUGUGGUAAAGAUUACAAAAUUUUAAACUAUUUUUUGGCAAGUGAAAUCCAGCAAAUUCAAACCUGGCUUACUCCGACUGAAAAGAUUGAAGGGGCCGACAGUAACGAGCUUACAAGUGAUAUAGUAGAGGCUACGUUCGCAAACGAUCCAAUAUUGGCAAUAAACCUAUUACAACGAUGUUAUAGCAAUAGAGCGGAGGAGGUAUUAAUGGGCUUAAUCUCGAAGAAUCCCUUGAUGUGUGUGGGAUCUGCAAGUGCCCUUGACUUAUUCAUAAAGGGAAGCCAUUCAAGCACUAAAAAAGAUUUACACGUAACUUUGUAUUGGACGCCAGUGAGCCCCUUAAAAUCUAUCAAUCUUUUUCUUCCCGAGUGGCAAGGUAAUUCCUUCAUAUUGCAAUUUAGUAUCUAUUCUUUGGAAUCACAGGAUGUGAACUUGGCAUUUUUUUAUGUCCCCCAAAUUGUACAAUGUUUGAGAUAUGACAAAACUGGAUACGUUGAAAGGUUGAUUUUGGAUACUGCUAAGAUUAGCGUGUUAUUUUCUCAUCAGAUUAUUUGGAAUAUGCUUGCUAAUUGUUACAAAGAUGAUGAAGGCAUACAAGAAGACGAUAUCAAACCUACUCUGGAUCGCAUCCGGGAGCGUAUGGUUUCAAGUUUUAGUCAAUCUCAUCGGGCCUUUUACGAACGUGAAUUUGAAUUCUUCGAUGAAGUCACUGGCAUAUCGGGUAAGCUGAAACCAUAUAUCAAAAAAAGCAAGGCGGAAAAGAAGCAUAAGAUUGAUGAAGAAAUGAGUAAAAUCGUGGUAAAACCUGACGUUUAUUUGCCCUCUAAUCCUGACGGUGUAGUUAUUGAUAUUGAUCGGAAAAGUGGUAAGCCACUUCAAUCCCAUGCCAAGGCGCCUUUCAUGGCAACCUUCAAAAUAAAGAAAGAGAUACAGGACCCUUUGACCAGCACAACCAAGGAAGUUGAAAAAUGGCAAGCAGCUAUCUUUAAAGUUGGAGACGACUGUAGACAGGAUGUUUUAGCGUUACAAUUAAUUUCGCUGUUUAGGACCAUAUGGUCUAGUAUCGGCUUGGAUGUCUACGUUUUCCCCUAUAGAGUCACUGCAACAGCGCCAGGUUGUGGUGUCAUUGAUGUGUUACCUAAUUCGGUAUCCCGAGAUAUGUUAGGACGUGAGGCUGUUAAUGGACUAUACGAAUAUUUCACCAGUAAAUUUGGUAAUGAAUCUACUAUUGAAUUUCAGAAUGCUCGAAACAACUUUGUCAAAUCCUUAGCGGGAUAUAGCGUGAUUUCGUACCUGUUACAAUUCAAGGACAGACAUAACGGUAACAUUAUGUACGAUGAUCAAGGACAUUGUCUACAUAUCGAUUUUGGGUUUAUUUUCGAUAUUGUUCCAGGUGGCAUCAAGUUCGAGGCAGUCCCGUUUAAGCUGACUAAAGAAAUGGUUAAAGUGAUGGGUGGUUCACCUCAAACUCCAGCGUACCUGGAUUUUGAAGAGCUUUGCAUCAAGGCGUAUCUAGCCGCCCGCCCACACGUGGAUGCCAUUAUUGAGUGUGUUAACCCCAUGUUGGGAAGUGGUCUGCCUUGCUUCAAGGGUCAUAAGACCAUCAAGAAUUUAAGGGCAAGAUUUCAACCUCAAAAAACUGACCAUGAAGCUGCGCUAUAUAUGAAAGCACUAAUUCGUAAGAGUUACGAAAGCAUCUUCACCAAAGGUUAUGAUGAGUUCCAAAGACUAACAAACGGCAUUCCGUACUGA